CAGCGGCGAGCGACCCGCGCGGAGAAAAAUCCUGCAGAAAUGUCUCUCUAUCCAUCUCUUGAAGAUUUGAAGGUAGACAAAGUAAUACAGGCUCAGACUGCCUUUUCUGCAAACCCUGCCAACCCAGCAGUUCUGUUGGAAGCUUCUGCCCCCAUUUCCCAAGAUGGAAAUCUCUAUCCCAAGCUGUAUCCAGAGCUUUCUCAGUACAUGGGCUUAAGUUUAAAUGAAGAAGAAGUGUGUGCCAUGGUCCCUGGAGCGCCAGUGCAGGGGCAGUUGGUAGCAAGACCUUCCAGCAUGAACUAUAUGGUGGCUCCUGUAACAGGGAACGAUGUUGGAAUUUGUAGAGCAGAAAUAAAACAAGGGAUUCGUGAAGUCAUUUUGUGUAAGGAUCAAGAUGGAAAAAUUGGGCUCAGGCUUAAAUCGGUAGACAAUGGUAUAUUUGUUCAGCUCGUUCAGGCAAAUUCUUCAGCCUCUCUGGUUGGUCUGAGAUUUGGGGAUCAAGUCCUCCAGAUCAAUGGUGAGAACUGUGCGGGCUGGAGUUCGGACAAAGCACACAAAGUGCUCAAACAGGCUUUCGGAAAGAUUACCAUGACCUUUGAACGGACAAUUACCAUGCACAAGCAUAGUACUGGACAUGUCGGUUUUAUUUUCAAAAAUGGAAAAAUAACAUCCAUAGUGAAAGACAGUUCUGCUGCCAGAAAUGGUCUUCUGACUGAACAUAACAUUUGCGAAAUCAACGGCCAGAAUGUCAUUGGGUUGAAGGAUUCUCAAAUAGCAGACAUACUUUCAACGUCUGGGACUAUAGUCACCAUAACAAUUAUGCCUGCUUUUAUCUUUGAACAUAUUAUUAAACGGAUGGCACGAAGCAUUAUGAAAAGCCUGAUGGAUCACACCAUUCCUGAGGUUUAGAAGUACAUAGUACGACAGAGAUGCAGCUGAACUUCUCCGGUUUCCCUCUUUGGCACCUUUGCAUCCCGUCCCUGGAGCUUUCCUGGAGCAGGGAACACAUGCUGCAUGAGGA